AUGUCUAUUGUGUUCGUCCAUGGGGAAUUUGAGAUUAGUUUCUCUUAUGGAACCCUUUUCUACAAGACAUUCAUUUUCAUGGCAAGUUAUUCAUAUUCAACUGUGGAGGAUGAAAAGAAGAUUGAUCAAGUCAAGAAAUGCUUACGGAGAUUGGGGAGGAAGCAUGUAGGGUCAAAUAUGUAG